AGGACUUGAGUUUGGUUCCACCUGCUUCGUUUCUCGGAGAAAUGAAGGCUCGGAAGGGAGCAUCGAGGGCCAAAGUCGCUCGGGCACCGAAGAGCAAAGUCGCCGUGGGAGGCGUGGGCAAGCCGGCGAAGCGGAAGAUCGCCUCGAAAGCCCCGCUUCGAUGGGACGAGUCCCAGCGAGGAAAGUCGGACGCGAAAGCGAUGGAACUCUUGUCCCUGGUGAAAAGCGGGGCAGUGAAGAAGAAAACAAAGCUGAAGUUCAAAAAGACACUCUUGAAAGCGAGAAUCACCGCCAUAAAAGACGCCGAGAAGACGAAACGAGAUGCCCUCCGACGACGGAUGACCCCCGUGGUCGGCGACAUGGAGGUCCUGAAGUGCGCCCUGCCCCCUCCCACCGAACCUAGCCAGGAUCCCCCUGCCAAGCCCCAGAAGAAGCGCCAGAGCCUGCGUUCCAACCAGAAACAGAUGUUGGAGGAUUUUGCGCAAUUUCAAGCGGUGCUGAGCUUCCCCCCGUAUCGAGCGGACCCCGCGGAGGCAAUCAAGACCCACGUCCGCAACACGGUCGAAGCGAUGGUGGAAGCAGCUGUUUCUGACCGUUAAGUCAUUAGCUGUUGUGUGUUGCCUCAAGCAUUUCAAGCAUUACGGAACGUCUGGAAUGUGUUCGGGAAUGUCUGAAUGAACAUUUUGUCCGACCUGGAAGUGACUAUGCUUCGUCUGGAGUGCUGAAGUUGUCCAUGAAUUUGUUCACGUGGAG